AUGGUUGUCCUAUUUAAGCAGCUAUUUGUGUUACCUCUGAUAAUAUUCACAAUCUGAAUCUAUGCUAACAGUCUGGCAGUAUGUCCGGGGUGAUUCUGAGACUCGAUGAGACCGUUGUUAAUCGGAUUGCUGCUGGAGAAGUUAUCCAACGUCCUGCUAAUGCUAUCAAAGAAUUGCUUGAAAACUGGUAAGUUGGUUAACUAGCUAGCUAGAAAGAAAUAAUGCUAAUUGUUAGCUAUAUUGCUAACAAUAGUAGCUAGCUAGCGUUCAAGCUAAGAGUUUAUAAGUGUACAUAAUUGUGUUUCUGAUAGUACUAACGUCAUUUAACGUGAGUUAGCUGGCUAGCUCUAAGGAGAUAGAGUUCUAUCAAAAUGUUGUAAAUAUAUAUAGUGAGUCACAAACAGAGUUGUGUGCAAAUACAGAAUGCAACUUUCAAAUAAAAAUCUGUCUGUAAAUAUGCCCAUAUAGAUAGAUAGUUUCACAAACACAUGUCAUGAUCCAAAGUAAAUGAGUCGUUAACAAAAGCAAAUGAUCCUUUCCUCACUCUCUUUCCUCCUAUCGUUCUUAACUACAUUUCCUAGCUUCCUUUCCUCUAUUCCUUGCUCCCUUUACUAUAUUAGAUUCAUCUCCUUUCCUUGCUCCCUUUUGUUCACUGGCUUCCUUUCCACUCUUCCUUUCCUAGUUCCCUUUAUGCAUUUACCAUCAAUCAAUCACAUUUAUUUAUAAAGCCCUUUUUACAUCAAUAGAUGUCACAAAGUGCCUAUACAGAAACCCAGCCUAAAACCCCAAAGAGCAAGCAAUGCAGAUGUAGAAGCACAGUGGCUAGGGAAAAACUCCCAAGAAAGGCAGGAACCUAGGAAGAAACAUAGAGGAACCAGGCUCUGAGUGGUGGCCAGUCCUCUUAUGGCUGUGCCGGGUGGCGAUUAUAAGAGUACAUGGGCAUUAAGGCCAGAUUGUUCUUCAAGAUGUUCAAAUGUUCAUAGAUGACCAGCAGGGUCAAAUAAUAAUCACAGUGGUUGUAGAGCAGGGAUCAUCGACUAGAUUCAGCCGCGGGCAGAUUUUUUUUUCUUGAGCGGAUGGUCAUGGGGCCGGAACAUAAUUACAAAUUAUUUAUUUAUUUUUGCUCAGAAGACUUGGGGGUCCACAUAAAACCACCCUUGGGCCGCCAGUUGGGGAACCAUGUUGUAGAGGGUGCAACAGGUCAGCACCUCAGAAGUAAAUGUCAGUUGCCUUUCCUCCUUUUCUUGCUCCCUUUCCUUCCUUAGCUUCCUUUCCUCUCCCCUCCUCCUUUUCUAUAUCCCUUUCCUCAUUUCCUAGCUUUCUUUCCUCAUUUCCUAGCUUUCUUUCCUAAUUUCCUUGUUCACUUUCCAACUUCCUUUUCUCUUCUCCUUUCCUAGUUUCCUUUCCUCUUUUCCUAGCUUCCUUUUGUUAAACUCUCACCAUCCUUUCCUCCCUUCUUUACUUUCCAAGCUCCUUUUCCUCAUAUUCUUUCUUAGCUACCUUUCCUUUCCUCGCUUCCUUUCCUUGGUCUUUUCCAAUCCUCCUUUUCCAGCUUCCUUCUCCUUUUUUCUAGAUCCCUUUCCUCAUGUCCUAGCUUACUUUCCUAAUUUCCUUGUGCCCUUUAUUUCCCUAACGUUCUAGUUUCCUUUCCUAGCCUCCUUUCCUAGCUUCCUUUCCUUGCUCUCUUCACUUAUUUUCCAGAUAAUGUGUAGAAUUGCUGGAAAUUUGCUUUAAAACUUUAAAUGUUUCUCUGUCGCAUGGCAAAAUGUGUAGCGUUAGGAAAGGAUAUAAGGUAAGAGCAAUGAGGGGAGGAAAGGGAUCAAGGAAAGGAAGCUAGGAAUGGUAGAUGAGAGACCUAAGAUAGGAGGAAAGGAAGUUGUGGAAAGAAAGGGAAUGAGGAAAUAAAGCUAGAAAAGGAGGAAAGGAAAGGGAGCAAGAAAAGGAGGAAAGAAAGCUAGGAUGGGAGGAAAGGAAGCUAGGAUAGGAAAGUAAAGAAAGUUAAGUAUAGGAGGACCGAGAGCUAGGAAAGCAAAGGAGGAAAGUAAGGAAAAUGAUAGAGGAACAGAAGCAAGUAAAGAAGGAAUGAAAGAAGCGCCAUGCUCUACCUUCCGGAGACAUUUGAAACCACACCUCUUUAAGGAAUACCUGGGAUAGGAUAAAGUAAUCCUUCUACCCCCCCCCUUACUCUAUGCUCUAGCUGUGGUAUAUGUAAGGGAUAAUCAACGAGAGGCUAUACGUUCUCUGGAAAAUAAUGCAAGUCCGUGGAAGGUUAGUUCAACUCCAUAGAACGCAUAGCCUCUUGUUGAUUAUCCCUUACAUACAGUGCAUUCGGAAAGUACUCAGACCCCUUGACUUUUUCCACAUUUUGUUACGUUACAGCCUUAUUCUAAAAUCGAUUAAAUAUUUUUUUUUACCCUCAUCAAUCUACACACUACCCCAUAAUGACGAAGCAAAAAAUGGUUUUAGGAAAUGUUUCCAAAUGUAUUAAAAAUUAAAAACAGAAAUACCUUAUUUACAUAUGUAUUCAGACCAUUUGCUAUGAGACUCGAAUUUUUGCUCAGGUGCAUCCUGUUUCCAUUGAUAAAUAAUUCUUGAUGUUUCUACAACUUGAUUGGGUCCACCUGUGGUAAAUUCAAUUGAUUGGACAUGAUUUGGAAAGGCACACACCUGUCUAUAUAAGGUCCCACAGUUGACAGUGCAUGUCAGAGCAAAAACAUUUUACAUUACAUUUUAGUCAUUUAGCAGACGCUCUUAUCCAGAGCGACUUACAGUUAGCGAGUGCAUACAUUUUCAUACUGGCCCCCCGUGGGAAACGAACCCACAACCCUGGCGUUGCAAGCGCCAUGCUCUACCAACUGAGCUACACGGGGCCUGACGUCAAAGGAAUUGUCCGUAGAGCUCCGAGACAGGAUUGUGUCGAGGCACAGAUUUUACAUUUAAGUCAUUUAGCAGACGCUCUUAUCCAGAGUGACUUACAAAUUGUUUCAUUCAACUUAGGAUAGCCAGUGGGACAACCACAUCUUGAUCACAGUAAGUACACUUCUUCAAACAAGCAGCUGUGAGCAAAGUCAGUGCAAUCAGGGACAACUACAUCUCGAUCACAAUAAGUACAUUUCUUUAAACAAGUCAGUGCUAGCAGGUGAAAUAAGUCAGUUGUUAGUUUAGACAAAAGACAGUGGUAGUAAAGGGGGGGUUAGAAGGAUUACUAUUAUACUAUUCCAGGUAUUCCUUAAAGAGGUAGGGUUUCAAGUGUCUCCAGAAGGUGGUCAGUGACUCCGCUGUCCUGGUGUCGUGGGGAGCUUGUUCCACCAUUGGAGUGCCAGAGCAGCGAAUAGCUUUGACUGGGCUGAGCGUGAACUGUGCUUCCGUAGAGGUAGGGGAGCUAGCAGGCCAGAGGUGGAUGAACAUAGUGCCCUCGUUUGGGUGGAGGGUCUGAUCAGAGCCUGAAGGUAAGGAGGUGCCAUUCCCCUCACAGCUCCGUAGGCAAGCACCAUGGUUUUGUAGUAGAUGCAAGCUUCAACUGGAAGCCAGUGGAGUGUGCGGAGGAGCGGGGUGACAUGAGAGAACUUGGGAAGGUCGAACACCAGACUGCAGCGUUCUGGAUAAGUUGCAGGGGUUUAAUGGCACAGGCAGGGAGCCCAGCCAACAGCGAGUUGCAGUAAUCCAGACGGGAUAUGACAAGUGCCUGGAUUAGGACCUGUGCCGCUUUCUGUGUAAGGUAGGGUCGUACUCUGCGAAUGUUGUAGAGCAUGAACCUGCAGGAUCGGGUCACCGCUUUGAUGUUAGCAGAGAACGACAGGGUGUUGUCCAGGGUCACGCCAAGGAUCUUUGCACUCUGGGAGGAGGACACAAUUGAGUUGUCAACCGCGAUGGCGAGAUCAUGGAGCGGGCAGUCCUUCCCCGGGAGGAAGAUCAGCUCCGUCUUGCCGAGGUUCAGCUUGAGGUGGUGAUCCGACAUCCACACUGAUAUGUCUGCCAGACAUGCGGAGAUGCGAUUCGCCACCUGGUUAUCAGAAGGGGGAAAGGAGAAAAUUAAUUGUGUGUCGUCUGCGUAGCAAUGAUAGGAGAGACCAUGUGAGGAUAUGACAGAGCCAAGUGACUUGGUGUAUAGAGAGAAUAGGAGAGGGCCUAGAACUGAGGCCUGGGGGACGCCGGUGGUGCGAGCACGUGGUGCGGAGACAGAUUCUUGCCACGCCACCUGGUAGGAGCGACCUGUCAGGUAGGACGCAAUCCAAGAGUGAGCAGCGCCGGAGAUGCCCAACUCGGAGAGGGUGGAGAGGAGGAUCUGAUUGUUCACAGUAUCAAAGGCAGCGGAUAGGUCUAGAAGGAUAAGAGCAGAGGAGAGAGAGUUAGCUUUGGCAGUGCGGAGAGCCUCCGUGACACAGAGAAGAGCAGUCUCAGUUGAAUGACCAGUCUUGAAACCUGACUGGUUAGGAUCAAGAAGGUCAUUCUGAGAGAGAUAGCAGGAGAGUUGGCUAGAGACGGCACGCUCAAGAGUUUUGGAGAGAAAAGAAAGAAGGGAUACUGGUCUGUAGUUGUUGACAUCGGAGGGAUCGAGUGUAGGUUUUUUGAGGAGUGGUGCAACUCUCGCCCUCUUGAAGACGGUAGGGACAUAGCCAGUGGUCAAGGAUGAGUUGAUAGGUGAGGUAAGGGAGAAGGUCUCCGGAAAUGGUCUGGAGAAGAGAGGAGGGGAUAGGGUCAAGCGGGCAGGCCGGCCGUCACAAGUCGCAAGAUUUCAUCUGGAGAGAGAGGGGAGAAAUAAGUCAAAGCAUAGGGUAGGGCACUGUGAGCAGGACCAGCUGUGUCCUUUGACUUAAUAAAUGAGGAUCGGAUGUCGUCAACCUUCUUUUCAAAAUGGUUGACAAAGUCAUCCACAGAGAGGGAGGAGGGAGGGGGAGGAGGAUUCAGCAGGGAGGAGAAGGUGGCAAAGAGCUUCCUAGGGUUAGAGGCAGAGGCUUGAAAUUUAGAGUGGUAGAAAGUGGCUUUAGCAGCAGAAACAGGAAGAAAAAGUAGAGAGGAGGGAGUGAAAAGAUGACAGGUCCGCAGGGAGUCUAGUUUUCCUCCAUUUCCGCUCGGCUGCCCGGAGCCCUGUUCUGUGAGCUCGCAAUGAGUCAUCAAGCCACGGAGCAGGAGGGGAGGACCGAGCCGGCCGGGAGGAUAGGGGACAUAGAGAGUCAAAAGAUGCAGAAAGGAGGGUUGAGGAGGCAGAAUCAGGAGACCGGAGGGAGAAGGAUUUAGCAGAGGGAAGAGAUGAUAGGAUGGAAGAGGAGAGAGAGAGCGAAGGUUGCGACGGCGCAUUACCAUCUGAGUAGGGGCAGAGUGAGUAGUGUUGGAGGAGAGUGAGUGAGCGAGAGAGAAAAGGAUACAAAGUAGUGGUCGGAGACUUGGUGGGGAGUUGCAGGGGAAGGGGUACCAAAAAAUGUCUGCAGUAUUGAAGGUCCCCAAGAAUACAAUGGCAUCCAUCAUUCUUAAAUGGAAGAAGUUUGGAACAACCAAGACUCUUCCUAGAGCUGGCCGCCUGGCUAAACUGAGCAAUCGGGGGAGAAGGGCUUUGGUCAGGGAGGUGACCAAGAACCCAAUGGUCACUCUGACAGAGCUCCAGAGUUCCUCUGUGGAGAUGGGAGAACCUUCCAGAAGGACAACCAUCUCUGCAGCACUCCACCAAUCAGGCCUUUAUGGUAGAGUGGCCAGACGGAAGCCACUCUCAGUAAAAGGCACAUGACAGCCCGCUUGGAGUUUGCCAAAAGGCAUCUAAAGACUCUCAGACCAUGAGAACGACUCUCUGUUUUGAUGAAACCAAGAUUGAACCCUUUGGCCUGAAUGCCAAGCGUCACGUCUGGAGGAAAUCUGGCACCAGUGAAGCAUGGUGGUGGCUGCAUCAUACUGUGGGAAUGUUUUUCAGCGGCAGGGACUGGGAGACUAGCCAGGAUCGAAGGAAAGAUUGUUGAUGAAAAUCUGCUCCAGAGCGCUCAAGAACUCAGACUGGGGCGAAGGUUCACCUUCCAAUAGCACAAUGACCCUAAGCACACAGUCAAGACAACACAGGAGUGGCUUCGGGACAAGUUUCUGAAUGUCCUUGAGUGGCCCAGCCAGAACCCGGACUUGAACCCGAUCGAAUAUCUCUGGAGAGACCUGAAAAUAACUGUGCAGCGACACUCCCCAUCCAACCUGACAGAGCUUGAGAGGAUCUGCAGAGAAGAAUUGGAGAAACUUCCCAAAUACAGGUGUACCAAGCUUGUAGUGUCAUACCCAAGAAGACUAGAGGCUGUAAUCGCUGCCAAAGGUGCUUCAACAAAGUACUCAGUAAAGGGUCUGAAUACUUACGUAAAUGUAAUAUUUCAGUUCUUUAUUUUUAAUAAAUUUACAAAAAUGUCUAAAAACGUGUUUUUGGUUUGUCAUUAUGGGGUAUUGUGUGUAGAUUGAGGCUGUAACAUAACAAAGUGGAAAAAGUCAAGGGGUCUGAAUACUUUCCGAAUGCACUGUAUACCACGACAUUCAGCCAAUUAGCAUCCAGGAGCCACUCCCCAGUUUAUAAUCAUUUUUAUGAGAACUGAGGAUGUUCUAAUCAUAGGUGUCUGUGUUGGCCAGAUAAGUAUUCAGCUUGGGUCCAGGUCUGUAUGUUAGAGAAUACAACAGUGUAACAAAGUUUUAGAAGUGCAUGUAUGAAUAACAACAUUUGUAUGAAUUACUAAUGUAAAAAAUAUAUAUACCACCCACCAACACACACACACACACAUAUUUUGAUGUACUGUGGAAGUUUGCUGCACUGGACCCUAGUGGAUGCCUAGCAUGUAGGACAUGUUGCCACGCAGCCUGCUCACUACCUCUGUUUUGGACCCCGUCAGCACAGAUUCUCCGUCAUUUGCAACAGCAACAAGCUUCUCCUGCAUUUAUGGAAUUGCACGUUGCUUUGAACAACAAAGGAGCUGAUUGGCUGACUGGCAGUGGUGGCUAAUGCUAGCUAGCAUGAGGAUGAAAAGGGCAGUUUUCCAGGAAAAACUAUCAGUAUUUCUCAAUGUAUCAGUUUGGAUAUAGGUAAAAUAUGGAGAACAGUGGCACAUCCCAUCCCUGCAUUGAGGUACGUUUUCCGACCCAUAUCUCGCGCCGGCUCGACUGUGUCUUAAUCUAAUCAUGAUUGUGUUCCGACCCCAGUGCAGCUCAGUGUAAACAAGCGAAAUCUGCUGGCUGGCUAGUUAGCUAGCUACACACAGACAACACCACUGGCUAGCUAGCUGUAGAUUAGCUAGCUAUGGAAAUAACGCCAAUGUGAUCAAUACUUGUCACAUUGGAGUUAUAUCCAUAGCUAACUGUAGCUGUGCAGCAGUUGCUAUUCUCAUGACAGCUGAUUGUUUAUAUAGUUACUGUACGAAGUCUUUGCAAUUUGGUUUGUGAGAAGAUAUCAGUUUGGAUCACCAUAUGAAAUCUGCAUUCACUGUAAUGUUACAGUUUAGAUGCCAAGUCCACCAACAUACAAGUGACUGUGAAGGAGGGGGGUCUGAAACUUAUCCAGAUCCAGGACAAUGGCACUGGCAUCAGGGUAAGAGGAGUGUGUGUGUGUGUGAGUGAGAGAGAGAGUCUGUGAGGUGAGUCUGUGAGUGAGUCAUGCAAGCAAAAUAAAUAACUUCCACCUAGUCUAUAUUUUGGUUCACUUCUCAAUUUCCCUCUGACUGUUUUACUUUCUCUUUGAAGAAAGAAGAUAUGGAAAUAGUAUGUGAACGGUUUACAACAAGCAAGCUCCAGACUUUUGAAGACCUCAACUCUAUCUCAACCUAUGGUUUCAGAGGAGAGGUAAAGUAUUUCAGAUUGUUUGAUCAUUUGAAUAAUUUGAUCAUCCACAUUGUCAGGGUUACAUUGUAAUAGGGAUGUAUUUGGUAUAGGCUAUUCUUAUAUGGGCAAAGUUAUAUUUUCAAUUCUAAUAUUUCUGUACUAUCCAUGUGACCUGUUACCUGUGUGUGUGUGUGUGUUUGUUUUCAGGCACUUGCCAGUAUAAGCCAUGUUGCCCAUGUGACCAUAACAACCAAAACGGCUGAUGCCAAGUGUGCUUACAGGUAACCUAAUAUUUGAUUAUGCUUUGCUUGACGAGGCCAUCAGUACUUUGUCGAAAUGCUCAGUAAUAUGUUUGAAUCCUCAGUCUAAGUACUGCCCUCACCCUCCUCAGAGCCACCUACUGUGAUGGGAAACUAAAGACCCAACCCAAACCCUGCGCUGGAAACCAGGGGACACAGAUCACUGUGAGUUCAUUAAAUGGCCACUGACAACUGCAGGUUAUAUGAACUAUAAUGUACAAAAGAGAACUUCAAAUAUCUCUGAACAUCCACAGGCGGAGGAUCUGUUCUACAACGUGUCCACCAGGAGGAAAGCCCUAAAGAGCCCCAGUGAGGAGUACUCCAGGAUUGUGGAGGUGGUGAGCAGGUGUGUGGCCUCAGACAGUGUCAUUCCCAUCACUACCAGUGCACAUCUCAUGGGUCAAGCAUUGCAAAUAUUUUGUGUUGUGAAUCAUGCAAAUAAUAUAUUUAGGAUCUUUGUUUUACAGGUAUGCGAUACACAACUCUGGGAAAAGCUUUGCUGUCAAAAAGGUGAGAUUGUUUAUUUUCUUUCACAUUUCUUACCCUUGAUGUUUUCACCUGAGGUCAUUGUCCCUGAAGGGAGGAGACUUUGGUUAUAUGUCACAAAUAUUCUGUCUGUUUCCAGCAAGGCGAGACCAUGGCAGACGUCAGGACCCUACCCAACGCCUCCAUACUGGAUAAUAUCCGUGUGGUGUUUGGCAAUGCAGUCAGCAGGUACUGGAGAAAAAAAAAAUUGCCCUCCAUGAUUACUCAUGUUGGGAUGUCAGUUCCUCGUUGAGUGAAUAGAGGUUAUGCCACCCAUUUUGAAUUGUAUAUGCAGCCAUACAGAGUUAUAAUCUUGAUCUGUUAAUGAAUGCUUUGAGCUAUAAUCUGAUGUGUUUUGCAUAGUUAAUAAGUUAAUUGGACUUAUGCUGGUUUUUCCUGUGCUCAGUGAUCUUGACCUUCCCCAGCGGGCGACACUGAUUGAAAUAACUUAAUUACAACCAUAUUACAACUAGUUGAAAUCUGGUUAUAAUGACGUCAUUGACACCAGUUUUGCCGUUGAGUCUGUCGUGUGAAGAGAAUGAGCAGUGUGUUGCACGUUCUUUUCCAUAGGGAGCUGAUUGAAGUGGGCUGUGAGGAUCAGAAGCUUGCCUAUAAGUUGAAGGGCCACAUCUCCAACGCCAAUUACUCAGUGAAAAAGUGCAUCCUCAUCCUCUUCAUCAAUCGUAUGUGCCACAGGAAUGCUAUGUUAAAUUAACUAGUUAUAUGAAUUCGAAUACGAUAUUCCUGUGAACUUUUACUAAUAGUCUUGUUUUCUCCUCAGAUCGUCUGGUGGAAUCGAGUGCCUUAAAAAAAGCCAUUGAGACCGUUUAUGCUGCAUACCUUCCCAAGAACACUCACCCAUUUCUAUAUCUCAGGUAACUCCGGUUACUGUCACUUAACUGGAAAGCAAAUCGUUUCUGGUUGUAUUUACUGUUCUUUGUUCUGAUGCUUUAGCCUGGAGAUUGCCCCUCAUAACAUCGACGUGAAUGUCCACCCUACCAAACACGAGGUGCACUUCCUCCACGAAGACUGUAUCAUCGAGAGCGUUCAAAAACACAUAGAGAGCAAACUCCUGGGCUCCAACUCCUCACGCACAUACUUCACACAGGUGCUGUUAGCCCUGUAGUCCUCCAUGCUGAAUGUCAUUGUAAUGUUUUUAACAGGAUAUUAUACUAGUAGGUAUUUAAAACUAUAUUUGGCUAUGAAACAUACAGUAUGUGCCAAUAAGCUAAACUGUGUGUAUGCAAUUCUCUUUCCCUUUCUUUAGUGGAUUAGUUGGUGUGUAGAAUCAUUAGUAGUAGUAGUAGUAGUAGUAGUAAAAAAUAGUAGCUGCUUUCUUGGAAUUGAGAUGAAAAAGAACCAAAAGUUAUCCAUUUGACCUAUUUCUCUGUAGACAUUGCUGCCUGGGCUGUCCGUCUCCACCAGCGAGGGGAAGCCUUCCUCCAGCUCCACAGGGGACAGUGAGCGGGUCUACGCCCAUCAGAUGGUGAGGACCGACAGUAGAGCCCAAAAGCUGGACGCCUUUCUCCAGCCGGCUUCCAAGCUGGUCCCUACUCCCACCGCCAACCUUAAUGGGCGGAGCAGGGGGGAGCCUGUGACCACCAAAGACAUGGAAGAGAUGGACAAUGCAGAGAUCCUGCAGGAACAGGCGCAUGGUACCACAGAGGAAGGGGAGGGAACCAGCCUAAAUACUCCAGCUGAUCUCCCCAGGUGAUGAUGACUUCUUUGUAGGCGUUAGGGGUACAUUCAUUGAGUGCUUGUUUGAAUAGUCUGUGUCUGGUGUAUUAAGUGGUUUAUGGAGUGUGUCUGUGGAUUUAGUGGUGUAUGGAGAUAUGUGUGUGCGCACGUAUUUAACUGAGUAUGGUGUGCGUUUACUUGUUUGUAAAAGCAGUGUAUGGAUUAUGUCUGUGUGUAAUAGCAGUGUGUGGUGUUGUUGGGUUGGCCCAGGAAGCGUCCCCGUGCUGGUCAGGAUGAGGAGCAGGAGGAAUUGACUGCUGCAGCCACAACCAGGAGACGAGCCAUCAAGCUGAGCAGUGUGAAGAAGCUGAGAGAUGACAUCGCUGAGCACGCACACAAAGGUAUACCCAACUCCAUCCAUCCAUCAUCAAAUACUGGACACAGUGUCUGCGGGUGUCUCAAUUCUAACUACCAUAGGUUAGAAGUAGUGUGUGAAAGGGGGAGAACUGAGUAAGGGGAAACGCGAUUGAAAGAGCUAAUCCACUACAUCACACUAUAUACUGUAGAUUUUCCACUAUAUUUGUGAUUGUCUUUGCUGACACCAUCAGGUCAAGAAAGUUACUUUGCACAUAGCUGUUUCAAUACUGUACUUACUUUAUUACAGAAAAUUGAGAUUGUAGUAAACUAAGGAUGGUAAAAACACUUAGCAGAAGAUUUGGUUUGAGUGCCUGUCAAAUAUGUUUGGUCUUCCUCAGGUCUUCAAGAGAUGCUUCAGAAUCACUCGUUUGUGGGCUGUGUCAACCCCCAGUGGACUCUGAUCCAGCACCAUACCAAACUGUACCUUCUCAACACCACCAAACUCAGGUCAGAACCACAUGCACUCCCCUACGUAUUUAUGUGGACAGUUAAGCUAAAACGUAUAAUUUGGCUUUAAACGGCAGCAUUUUGGAUUUGAGAUAAAAAUGUUUCAUACGAGGCGACAGUAAAGAAUCACCUUUUUAUCAGAGGGUAUCUUCAUAUCUGUUUUACCAUUUAGAAAUGUAAGCACUUUAUGUAUCUUGUCCCCACAUUUGAAGGCAUCAUAAGUAUUUGGACAAAUUCACGUAUACAGAGCCUUCAGAAAGUAUUCACACCCCUUGACUUUUUCUACAUUUUGUUGUUACAGCCUGAAUUUAAAAUUGAGAUGUUGUGUCACUGGCCUACACACAAUACCCCAUAAUGUCAAAGUGGAAUUAUGUUUUUCUAAAUUUAAAAAAAUGUAAAGCUGAAAUGUCUCGAGUCAAUAAGUAUUCAACCCCUUUGUUAUGGUAAGCCUAAAUAAGUUCAGGAGUAAAAAUGUGCUUAACAAGUCACAUAAUAAGUUGCAUGGACUAGCUCUGUGUGCAGUAAUGGUGUUUAACAUGACUACCUCAUCGUUGUACCCCACACAUGCAAUUAUCUGUAAGGUCCCUCAGUCGAGCAUUGAAUUUCAAACACAGAUUCAACCACAAAGACCAGGGAGGUUUUCCAAUGCUUUGCAAAAAAGGGCACCUAUUGGUAAAUGGGUAAAAAAAAAUAAAAGCAGACAUUGAAUAUCCCUUUGAGCAUGGUGAAGUUAUUAAUUACACUUUAGAUGGUGUGUCACUACAAAGAUACAGGCGUCCUUCUUAACGCCGUUGCCAGAGAGGAAGGAAACCGCUCAGGGAUUUCACCAAUGUUGACUUUAAAACAGAGUUUAAUGGCUGUGUUAGGAGAACUGAGGAUGGAUCAGCAACAUUGUAGUUACUCCACAAUACUAACCUAAUUGACAGAGUGAAGAGAAGGAAGCCUGUACAGAAUAUAUAUUCCAAAACAUGCAUCCUGUCAACAAGGCACUAAAGUAAUACUGCAAACAAUGUGGCAAAGCAAUUAACUUUUUGUUCUGAAUACAAAGUGUUCUAUUUUGGGAAAAUCCAAUAAAACACACUACUGAGUACCACUGUCCAUAUGUUCAAGCCUAGUGGUGGCUGCAUCACGUUAUGGGUAUGCUUGUAAUCGUUAAGGACUAGGGGAGUUUUUCCAGGAUAAAAAAGAAACGGAAUGGAGCUAAGCACAGGCAAAAUCCUAGAGGAAAACCUAGUUCAGUCUGCUUUCCACUAGACACUGGGAGAUGAAUUCACUAUUAAGGAGGACAAUAACCUUAAACACAAGGCCAAACCUACACUGGAUUUGCUUGCCAAGAAGAUAGUGAAUGUUGCUGAGUUUGAUUUUCAAGCAGAUUUAAGUCAAAAACUAUGGUAAGACUUGAAAAUGGUUGUCUAGCAAUGAUGAACAACCAAAUUGACAGAGCUUGAAGAAUUGUAAAAAUAAUAAUGGGCAAAUAUUGUACAAAGCUCUUAGAGACUUACCCAGAAAGACUCACAGCUGUAAUCGCUACCAAAGGGGAUUCUAAAAUGUAUUGACUCAUGGGUGUGAAUACUUGUCAAUUAAAUAUUUUUGCAUUUCAUUUUCAAUAAAUUUGCAAAUAUUAAAAAAAAACAUUUUCACUUUGUCAUUAUGGGGUAUUGUGUAUAGAUGGGUGUGAACAAAAAAAAUCUAUAAUCUAUUUUGAAUUCAGGCUGUAACACAAAAUGUGGAAUAAGUCAAGGGGUAUGAAUACAUUCUGAAGGCACUGUGUGUAUUAAAGUAGUCAAAAGUAUUUGGUCCCAUAUUCCUAGCACGCAAUGACUACGUCAAGCUUGUGACUGUACAAACUUGUUGGAUGCAUUUGCGGUUUGUUUUGGUUGUGUUUCAGAUUAUGUUGUGCCCGAUAGGAAUGAAUGGUAAAUAAUGUAUUAACAUUUUGGAGUCACUUUUAUUAUAAAUAAGAAUAGAUUUCUGAACACAUACAUUAAUGUGAAUGCUACCAUGAGUAUGGAUAAUCAUGAAUGGGUCAUGAAUAAUGAUGAGUGAGAAAGAGGCACAAAGGUCAUACCCCCAAGACAUACUAACCUCUCACCAUUUCCAAUAACGGGAGAUUAGCAUUUUUGGGGGGGUAUGAUAUUUAUGCCUCUAACUUUCUCACUCAUCCAUUAUACUGUAUCCCUAAUCAUAGUAGCAUCCACAUUAAUGUAGAAGUGUUUAGAAAAACAUUGAAAAGUAUUCAUGUGCGGUUGCUCAAGGUGCUGAAUAUUUGGCUUUUUCUCAUUUUUAGCCAGGAGCUAUUCUACCAAAUUUUGAUCUACGACUUCGGCAACUUUGGCAUCUUGAGGUUAUCUGUAAGUAUGACACGCAUCAAUGUGUUGCACGGUAUACCGGUACCACGGUAAUAUCACGGUACCAAAACGUCACGAUACUUAUGAUACUAACAUUUUAGAAUACCGUAGUACCGUCUGAUAUGAUACAGCCAUAUUUUUCGGCCCUACCGAUCUAAAGAACCAACUGGCACCUGUUAAAAUGUUUAUAAAGUCAGUUUUGUUUAUAAAUUCAGUGACAUUUUUUUUAAACAACAGCUAGUCUAUUGUAUGCGCCAGUCCAAUAGAUCUCGCCAACUUGUAGUCCUAAAAACUGGAAAUUAGUUACCUCUGGUUCGUUCAGCCAUUCCUAUGGGGAAAAUGAAUAGGGUUUUGGGAUAAGCGCUGAAAAUAAGGUCUGAGGUUAACACAGGCUUAGGAGGAGAUCUUAUACGUUUUGUCAGUAACAUUAACUUUAUAAAUUAUGAAGCCUUUGUGCUUUUUUUGAAUACAUAAAUCCUUCAAAAUUCACAAAGUGGUGUUAGCUGAUGAAGAUUAUCUCAGAAUAAAACGUAUAAGAUCUAAGCCUGUGUUUACCACAGACCUUAUUCAUUUCCCCAUAGGCUUUUUCCAACGAACUAUGGCGGAGUUGGUCUCUACAAAAAGACAGCAUGACUAUUUCUCUCUAAUUUCCACUUCACUUUCCUGCGCAUCUCACGUGAUCAGCAAGCCGCAUCCCCUUCCAGCCAUCACUCACCUGCUUCUCGCAAUCCGCUCUCCCUGCACAUCUAUUCCUCCAUCAGUUAAAAAAAAGUUAUAAUUUUUUGGUACUUUUUACCCCUAUUUCUCCCCAAUUUCAUGAUAUCCAAUUGGUAGUUAGUCUUGUCCCAUCUCUGCAACUCCCGUACUGACUCGGGAGAGGCGAAGGUUCGAGAGCCAUGAGUCCUCCGAAACACGGCCCUGCCAAGCCACACUGCUUCUUGACACACUCAUUUAACCCGGAAGCCAGCUGCACCAAUGUGUCAAAGGAAACACAGUACAACUGGCGACCGAAGUCAGCGUGCGUGAGCCCGGCACGCCACAGGAGUCGCUAGAGCGCGAUGGGACAAGGACAUCCCGGCCGGCCAAACCCUCCCCUAACCCGGACGAUGCUGGGCCAAUUGUGCGCCACCUCAUGGGUCUCCCGGUCGCGGCCGGCUGAGACACAGCCCGGGAUCGAACCCGUGUCUGUAGUGAUGCCUCUAGCACUGCGAUGCAGUGCCUUAGACCGCUGCGCCACUCGAGAUGCCCUCCUCCAUCAGUUUUUUAAAUAUAAUUUUGCCAUGAUGGCGAGUGGGAUGCAGAUCCUGAUGAGUCUCCUGUUGUUACAUUUGUACAUUGGAGCAGUGUGCAGAGCGAGCAAAGUUGAUGCAUUGUGUAAUUUCAUCGCCAUUGUAUAACCAUGCACAGGCCAGCCUGAGUGGGCUUUGCAAUUGCAAGUUCCAUAUUACCGGAGUGAUUUUGCACGCUUUUUAUAUAAUUUCAUAAACCAUAUGAAACCAUUUUGAUAACAAACAUUGUUCAGUCAUGUUACCUAGCUAGCUAACAACCUGGUAACUUGACAGUAGGUCUAGGCCAAUUUGAUUGGCACAGGAAGGUGCCAAAUGGUAGGAUUCAUAUAGGCCUAAUGUAAGCCUAAACUGUAUCAAAAAUCUAUCUAUUUCUGGUGCUUCUUAAAUUGUUAGGUGCCUAACGUUUUUAAAGUUGGGAGCAGUAUGUACAGUGCAUUCGGAAAGUAUUCAGACCCCUUGACGUUUUCCACAUUUUGUUAGCCUUAUUCUAAAAUGGAUUAAAUAGUUUUUUCCCCCUCAUCAAUCUACACACAAUACCCCAUAAUGACAAACCAAGAACAAUUUGCACCCAAAAAAAACAUUUACAUAAGUAUUCAGACCCUUUACUCAGUACUUUGUUGAAGCACCUUUGGCAGCGAUUACAGCCUAGAGUCUUCUUGGGUAUGACACUACAAGCUUGACACACCUGUAUUUGGGGAGUUUCUCCCAUGCUUCUCUGCAGAUGUUCUCAAGCUCUGUCAGGUUGCAUGGGGAGCGUAGCUGCACAGCUAUUUUCAGGUCUCUCCAGAUGUUAGAUCAGGUUCAAGUCCGGGCUCUGGCUGGGCCACUCAAGGACAUUCAGAGACUUGUCCCGAAGCCACUCCUGCGUUGUCUUGGCUGUGUGCUUAGGGUUGUUGUCCUGUUGGAAGGUGAACCUUUGCCCCAGUUUGAGGUCCUGAGCGCUCUGGAGCAGGUUUUCGUCAAGGAUCUCUCUGUACUUCGCUCCGUUCAUCUUUCCCUCAAUCUUGACUAGUCUCCCAGUCCCUGUCACUGAAAAACAUCCCCACAUCAUGAUGCUGCCACCACCAUGCUUCACCGUAGGGAUGGUGCCAGGUUUCCUUCAGAUGUGACGCUUGGCAUUCAGGCCAAAGAGUUCAAUCUUGGUUUCAUCAGACCAGAGAAUGUUGUUUCUCAUGGUCUGAGAGUACUUUAGGUGCCUUUUGGCAAACUCCAAGUGGGCUGUCGUGCCUUUUACUGAGGAGUGGCUUCUAUCUGGCCACUCUACCAUAAAGGCCUGAUUGGUGGAGUGCUGCAGAGAUGGUUGUCCUUCUGGAAGGUUCUCCCAUCUCCACAGAGGAACUCUAGAGGUCUGUCAGAGUGACCAUUGGGUUAUUAGUCACCUCCCUGACCAAGGCUCUUCUCCCUCGAUUGCUCAUUUUGGCCGGGCGGCCAGCUCUAGGAAGAGUCUUGGUAGUUUCAAACUUCUUCCAUUUAAGAAUGAGGCCACUGUGUUCUUGGGGACCUUUCCAAAUCAUGUCCAAUCAAUUUAAUUUACCACAGGUGGACUCCAAUCACGUUGUAGAAACAUCUCAAGGAUGAUCAAUGGAAACAGGAUGCACCUGAGCUCAAUUUUGAGUCUCAUAGCAAAGGGUCUGAGUUCUUAGGUAAAUAAGGUAUAUGUUUUAUGUUUUAUACAUUUGCAAAAUUGUCAAAAAACCUGUUUUCGCUUUGUCAUUAUGGGGUAUGGUGUGUAGAUUGAGGGAUUUUUUAUUUAAAAUAAGGCUGUAACAUAACAAAUUGUGGAAAAGGGGAAGGGAUCUGAAUACUUUCCGAAUGCACUGUAUAUUGGACAGAGAGGUGUGUGUGUGUGUGUUUGAGGGAGAGCGUCUGUAUUAACUCCUGAGUGGCGCAGCGGUCUAAGGCACUGCAUCUCAGUGCUUGAGGCGUCACUACAGACCCCCCUCCAGGCUGUAUCACAACCGGCCGUGAUUGGGAGUCCCAUAGGGCGGCGCACAAUUGGCCCAGCGUCGUCCGGGUUUGGCCGGUGUAGGCCGUCAUUGUAAAUAAGAAUUUGUUCUUAAUUGACUUGCCUAGUUAAAUAAAAAUAUUUUAAAAAAUUAACUGAAGAGUAACGUUUUCAACAUAUUGCCACAAUGACAUCCAGAUCAUAAUGUAUAUUCCUUCCUCCCAUUCCUCAAGCCAAAUCACAGGUAGGUCUUUUGCAAAUAUGAGCAAAUCAUCCAUUCUAUGCAGUAUUAGAUUAUACAGUGAACGGUGUGAAUUAAGUUAAUGUGUUGUUUUGAGUAGAAGUGUGAAUAUCAGUGACAGGUUUUUUGCAUUAGCACAUGCAAAUAAUGUUUAGAAAACAGGAACAAUCGUCCGGGGGACGGGGCGAACAGGGCGCUAGUCCACUGAGUUUUCCCCGCUGUGGUAUCGCGAUAUUACUUGGUGUAUCGUGAUACUAGGCAUGGUAUCGUUAGUAAAGUUUUGGUAUCGUGACAACCCUAAAUCAAUGCCUGGAAAAUGAAUUGAGGUACCAGACUAGAGAUAGGUACUUUUCUUAUAUCCAGAGGCUGUGAUUCUGGGCCUGUUUUCACUAAUAGUCUCAGAGUAGGAGUGAUCUAAGAUCAAUUUAGCCUUUGAUAAUAAUGAAUAAGAUAAAAUGGACAGGGAGGACCUGAACCUAGAUCAGACGCUUUGUGAAUACGAGCCCAGAUAUUUGGCUCCGAGUUGGUUUGUUGAUGUUGUGUUGUUCCAGGAACCUGCGCCACUCUAUGACAUGGCCAUGCUUGCUCUGGACUCCGAGGAGAGCGGCUGGUCGGAGGAUGACGGGCCCAAGGAGGGUCUGGCCCAGUACAUAGUCGACUUCUUGAAGAAGAAAUCUGAGAUGCUGGAGGACUACUUCUCCAUGGAGAUAGACCAGGUCAGUCUGCUGACCCUCUGUAUCCUGUCUGUGCUGACAAAAACAUUGCAAUCAUACCUUGUUGUAACAUUAGCACUUAACUCCUAAAUGUAAUUCAUGCAUGACAUCAGGGCAAAACUUAAGAUCAGUAUGUGUCUUGUUUGCAGGAAGGAAAUCUCACUGGUUUGCCAUUGCUGCUUGACAAGUACACCCCUCCUAUGGAGGGUCUGCCAAUGUUCAUCCUACGUUUGGCUACUGAGGUGUGAACUAUUCUUAUCCAUGACCAUGUCUUAUCAAUAAGUUCUUUAUAGACUAAAGUGACUAAUCAGAGGGGUUGUGUAGGUGAACUGGGAUAAUGAGAAGGACUGCUUCAGAGACUUCAGCAAGGAGUGCAGCCAGUUCUACUCGAUCAGGAAACAGUAUGUUCUGGAGGUGGAGCCGGGAGAGGAGGAGCAGGUAUGUCAGAUGCGCCAUCCUGGGUGGUUUUCAUUAGGCACCAAACAGAAGGAAAUGGACUGACAGGGAAGGACUACUGGAGUUGGCCAAUAAUGAACACAACCCUGUUCAGUGAUUAUAAUGGGCCUCGCACUUGUCAAUCUGAUAUGUGGGCAGUUGAUGACACCUAGGUCACAUUUAGUAGAGACCAAGAAAGGAUUCAGGAGCAAAUAAUUUUGAAAUGUAAGAAAUACUGCCAUGUCACUCCAGAACCUGCUCUUAUAUUUUCAGUUUAAACUUUUGGUCCCAUUUAGCACAUACUGAACGAGACUAUGGUUGUAAAUAUGUGUUGCAGGAUGCAGAGCUGAACUCGUGGCGUUGGAAGGUGGAGCAUCUCCUGUUCAAAGCCUUCCGGAGCCUCUUCAGUCCCCCUAAACAUUUCAGUGAGGAUGGCAGCGUACUCCAGAUUGCCAACCUACCGGACCUCUACAAAGUGUUUGAGCGGUGCUAAGACAUGAGAAAAAGACUCAGUCCAUGGGCUGCUAUGAUUUGAAUGUCUGUUUUGGAAACCUUUUUGAUAUUUUGUGUAUAUAUACUGUUUUUGUUGUAAACCCUCAUCUUCCAAAUGGUUUAGGCUGUGGUUAAGAUACGCAUUGGUAGCUCUAACCAUUAACUUUUACUGAGUGGAUUAUCCUAUACAUCAUAAGGGAUUGAGGUGCUAGUAGCUUUACAUGCUAUGGUGCCUGGGUAUAGUGUAGUGUUGGGAUAAUUCAAUCAUUAACAACGUGUUCAUGAUUAAUGGAAACAAUAUAAACUGAAACAAAGGGCAGUGUAAAUCUGGUACAGAGUUUAUUCAGAAUAUUUCAAUGCGGUAGCUGCCCCAGACACAAUCACUGUGGUCCUGAGACUUGAAACGGCUUUCAGAACAGCGAACACUGUUUGAGAAGAAAGUGGUAUGUAGUGCCAUCUUCUGAUGUACUUGCCUUUCACUCCAAAUAAAGAACCUCAAACCAUCACUCUUCCAAAUGGAAUUCAAUGUGCCAUAACCCAUGCAAUUAAAAAAAAAAAAAA